CUUCCCACUCGAGAGCAGAGAGCUCUGCAUUCUCCUCGGAGUCCGAGUCUGGUGGUCCGUCAAGGGAUCAGUGUUCUUGGCGCCUGAACCGAGUCCCCACAGAUUGCCAAUCUCAAAAGGCUUCUUCAGCAGAAGCGUAUAGCUUUUAGUACAUGUGCAACGUCUCUGCGAGCGCAAGGAAGGGGGACUUUCUUUGCAGACUUGCAGAUGCCUGAUUUCCCCGCUGCUUGCAGAUAGAAGACGAACUGGCGGAAAGCGGGUUUGUCAUUCGUAAGAGGGGUGCUCUCAAGCUUGAGAUAUCGUAAAAGAAGAAACAUCGGAGCUGGGCAGCAGGAGUCUGUAAAGCUUGUGUCCAAGCUUUGCCAAAUCGCCUUUAGGGUUUGGCAAUACCCGACCGUCGACCUUGUGCUGUGGGCGUCCCGAGCUUGAUACAUUCCCUGCCGCAUAGUGGUACCACCUUGUUGCAGCUGACUUUUCAUAGCAAGCCGCCUCAUUUUCUCUCUGGACUUUCAGAAGGCGUCUCAUUGCAAGUCGCCGACGGGCCACAUUGCCCUCAACACUUCCCCUCACGCGAGCGCUUGCCGCUGCAUCCGCCAGGCUAGCACCUAAGGCAGUGUUUCUCAAGUAGCAAUCAAGAGCCCUGGUUGAGGGUGCACUUCCUCAGUUGAAAAGCAAACAGCUGUGGUGGUCAGGACAUGGGAAACACGAGUGGGAAGGAAGGCCGCGCGCGCGGUGACGGCCGUCCGGUGGCAGACGGGGGCAGGGUCAUUGGGGGCUCCCGCUUCGGCCACUCUCCGUCGUCCGAGUCAAUGCAGAACAGCCCCCCCGACAGCCCGGGGAGCGCGGCUCGCUCGCCCCUGAUGUUUACCCCACAGAUUCCAAUGGUUCCGAUCCCCCGGGGCGACGAGUACAGCUUGGGGCAGUACGGCUCGGGGGGGUAUGGCCAGCAAGGGAUGGACGAGCAACAGCCGCACGAGCAAGGGGUGCCCACCAUGAUCGUGUGGUCGCACCCAGGGACAUCGGUCAGCGUGGAAGGGUCCUGGGAUAACUGGACGACACGGCAACCGCUGCAGAAGUCCGGCAAGGACUUCACGCUGAUCAAGAUGCUGCCCCCCGGGAUCUACCAGUACAAGUUCAUCGUGGACGACGAGUGGCGCUACGCAACCGACCUGCCCGCAAUGUAUGACGACCAGCAGAAUGUCAACAACGUGCUCGAAGUUCAGGAAUAUGUGCCAGAGAACCUCGACAACAUUGCGGGCUUCGAGCCGCCCCGGUCUCCUCCCACGAGCUACAGCAACGCUUUUCCCGGGCCGGAAGACUACGCCAAAGAGCCCCCGGGGGUUCCCCCUCACUUGCAGCUUACCCUGCUAAACGUGCCCCCGUCCAUAGAUACCCCGACCUCGUUGCCCCGACCGCAGCAUGUGAUUCUGAACCAUGUUUACUGCGAGAAAACGAAGACGAGCAAGUCGGUGUUAGCAUUAGGGGUGACGCACCGCUUCCGGUCGAAGUACGUGACAGUGGUGCUCUAUAAGCCGUUAAAACGUUGAAUGGAAGCGAGUUUAUUCGGCUGAGGACGGUUGGCCAGCGGCUCAUUCUCCUUCCAAAUUCACGUGCAUACUGCGAUGCAAGGUGGAGGGAAAUGGGUUUGCGCAAUGACAGUGGCCGGGGUCAGCCGGUUGGAGCCAGGCGCCGCGGCUGCUCAAUCUUCCGGUCGAGC